UCGGUUCGGUUUUUUCAGUGGUUCUGUUCGAACGAAAAAGCCACCCUCUAGGCGAUCGAUAACUAUUGUUUUGACGUUUGUCGCAGCAUCCUCGGUUAUGCAGAUAGGGGUGGAAUAAGAUGAGUGCAGUUCCUUAAACAUUAAUUAAACACAAAUCAUCACCUGCUGUUCGGGGAAAUGUGACCCCUUGGGGCGUGAUUGAGGCGCAAGUGAGCUGAAAUAACAAAGCAUGUGAAUAAUUUAGUUAAACGGUGCAAUAAUCCGACGUCUUCCAGCUGCUUCUCCACAAGCAGCUUGUAGUGUAGUGAAAUGUAGCAGAAAAUGAUGUUUGGUAAAUCCAACGUCUUCCUCCCUUAGUGUUAAGAAAUCGAAAGCAGUCUUCCAUUUUGCCUAGAGUUAGAAUUAAGGAUAUAAUAUGAAAAAGCUUACACCAGCGGAUAAGUUCCGCCGUCGAUUGGCUGCCAUGAAAAAGGCCACCAAUAAGAGCAAAAAGGAUACCAAGUUCUUUGAGCAUGACGUUCGUCUAAAUGAAGGCGAAAUGGCCGCAGCCCCUUCUCCGGUGGAAACCGAGAAAAUCGAUGAACUAGUUGGUGCCAUUCCGGAUUCGUCUACAAAUCCGGAAGAGUUACAAACUGCGCCGUCGAUGGUACCAGUUGCUAGUCCAACGUCUUCCGAAUCUUCCGUGGAACCUAAGAUGAAAUCGACGGUCCACAUCAAUCCGCGUCUUCCGCGCAAUAGUUAUAUCAAGAAACGUAAAACCAUGAUCAACAACAAUAGAAAAAAGUUCCUGAAAAAGUUACGCCAGUUGCACCAACUGCAGGCACAUCAUCCUCAAUUGUAUUUACCCCCGGCGUCGAUUACGGGAGGUGGUGGUGGUGGGCACAGAUUCCGACAGCUAUCGGUAGCUCUCCAUCAUCAUGGUCCAACCGGAAAGCAGUGCUGCUGUCAGUGCGCAUGCUCCACAAACAUCAACUUCCAACACCACCCUCAACGGCAACAGCAAAGGCUUCCUCAGCAACAACAGCACCAGCCGUCAGACGAGAGGGAAGCAUAUUCGGAAUCAUUCACCGAAGCAUCCUGCACCGGGUUUGCGCUACCGUCUCCACAGAAAAGUGUCCCCGCCAGCAACAUUGCAGUUCCACAGGGAUACAUUGGAUAUAACCAGCUUCAUCAUCACCACCACCCCCCGCAAUACACCAAUCAAUACCACCACCAUCGUCAUCGGCUGCCACAUCAAAAUCGGCAGCUUCCACCUCAAGGGCAGCAGCAGCAGCAUCUUCAAAGGCGGCCCCCAUUUCUGACACCUGGACAAGUGGAUGCGGAUCCUGCUGCGGCGACGGCGGCAGUGCCCUUCUGCACGAAAGAGAUGCACAGCGUCGUGAGCGUCCGCGAGACCCACCACAUCGCCCAGGCCCAGCAGGAGAAGAACGCCAAACUGCGCGAAGCGUUCGGCAUCUCGGAGUACUUUGUCGAGGGAACCAGCUUCGAUCAGGACCGCAAGGCCAAAGAGGACCUGGCCAAGUCGGAAGCCCUGUCGAAGGAUCUGGCCGAGCGGGAGCGGACCCGCGAGGCGGACAAGGCCAACCGGAAGCGCUACGCCCUGGUGCGGACCCCUUCGCCGGAGAAACAACAGUCGGAGACGAACGGCAAGGGCCGGAAGCAUCAGCGCCGUGAGGGCGACGGCGAUGACGAUGGUGAAGACGACGAUGACGAAGAUGGGGGGCGCAAAGAUGACCGCAAGAAACGCAAGAAGAAGAACCGCGAUGGAUCGUCCAGUCCUGAGCGCAAGAAGGACAAGAAGAAAAAGUCCAAGAAAAACAAGAAAGACAGAUCGUCGAAGAAGAAACACUCGAAGCGGUCCCACCACCGGCGGGAUGGAAGCGAGGCACCGGCUUCGGACUCGGACUCGGACGAUUCGGCCGAUUCCAACAGUUCCGGUUCGGACCGCGAGGGAGGCAAGCCGUCCUGGCAGCAGAAGCGGGUUUCCCGCAAAGACAAGAAGAAGAAGAGCUCCAAGAAAAAGCGAGCAAAAUCCCGUUCUCACUCUCGUGAUAGCUCCACAUCGAAACGGCCAGACCGCAAUCACCAUCAGUCAAACGAGGAAAAACGUAGCAACAAGAAAGAUAAGCAUCGUUAUGAGGACUCAAGCCUGAGUCGCGAUCGCUACGAUCGUAGGGACGACGAUCGACAUGGAAAUUAUCAACAGCAGCAGCAGCACCAGCGAGAUCGAGAGGAACGCGGAGAUCGUUACGGGAGGGAUCGUACAGAUCGUUACGGUAAAGAUGACGAACCGGAGCGUAGAAGCCGAUCCCGAAAUCGUCGCCGAAACAGGUCAGAGGAAAGGGACAAAUCUAGAUCAAAAUCUCGAUCCGAGUCAAGAGGCAGGCAUAGAUCUAGGUCGGUAUCGGAAGAACGUGGCAAGCGUAGUAGGCGUUAUGACAAACGCGACCGUAGCGUAGAAAAGUCCAAGGACAGAAAAAGAGACAAAUCUCCCAAAAAAGGCAAUGGAGAUAAGAGAUCGGAAAGGAAUAGAUCUCGAUCAAGGUCCAAUAGUAGGAAGAGAGAUCAAUUGAAAUCGAAGGAUAAGCAUCGCAAUCGAAGUCGAUCUAACAGUGUACAGAAGGCGGAACAUAAAAACAAGGAUAAACGACGUGAUCGUUCUCGAUCAGUCAGCAAGAAACGCGAUGAAUCGCGAAUGAAAGAAAAACACCGUGAUCGAUCAAAAUCUAUCAGCAAAUCGAAAGAGUCCGCCAAAGAAAAACGUCGAGAGAAGUCCAAAGACCGCAAAGAACGGAAGAAAUCAGAAACGCCAGAUCGCAGACGGCGAGAUAGUCCCAGGAGAAAACCAAGUAAAUCUCCGAUGAAAUCGAAAAAGAGGCACGAUUCACCAGUAGCAAAGACUUCUCGACAGAAGUCUCGAUCGGUUUCACCAAAUCGUAACCGUAAGGAUCAAUUGUCUCCAAUUGUAAAAACUUCUCGAAGAAAGUCCAAAUCGGUUUCACCAAAUCGUGACCGCAGGGAUCAAUUGUCUCCAGUUGUAACGACUUCUCGCAGGAAGCCCAGAUCGGUUUCACCAAAUCGUGACCGUAGGGAUCAAACCUCUCCAAUUGUAAAAACUUCUCGAAGGAAGUCCAGAUCGCCAUCUCCUCAACGUUCGCGAAGAGAUCAUUCGUCACCAGCCGCGAAAACUUCUCGCAAGAAGUCUAGAUCACCGUCUCCACAACGUAGCAAAAGAACUUAUGUAUCCCCAACUGAAAGGACUUCUCGGAGGAAGACCAAAUCACCUUCUCCGCAACCUAGCCGCAAAGACCAUUCAUCUCCAGUUAUGAGAGCCUCCCGGAAAAAGUCUCAAUCUCCAUCUCCUAAACGUGAUCGGUGGGAUCGAACUUCUCCUGUCGCUAAAACAUCGCGUAAGAAAUCUAAAUCACCUUCCGUGAAACGGGAUCGAAGUGGCUUUGCUGCAGUCAAGUCUUCUUGGAAGAGGUCACAAUCACCGUCAUCACCACGUGAUAAAAGAUAUCCAAUUUCUCCAGCUGAGAAGUCAUCACGGAAAAAAUCACGAUCACCAUCUCCGAAACGAAACAGAGAUAGUUCCAAGUCACCCAUCGGCAACAAGAAUAAACGUUCAGGUUCACCGAUUGGUUCAAGAAAACAACGACUACCAGAAGAAGCCCGUAGAGUUCGAUCUAAGUCACCAACAGACAAACGUAAGAAGCAUGCAUCAUCUCCAGCGGAUUAUAAAAGAAAAGAUCGCUCAAAGACCCCGAAAAAACAGCAUCGCACACGUUCACCGUCACCUGAUCAAAUGUGUAAACCUUCGACCAGUACUGCGAUCAAUAAUCGAAAAGAACGAUCUAAGUCCCCUGUUGGUAAACGCAAAAAGCAAUCGGCUUCGGAUGAAAAAGAGUAUAAAGAUCGAUUGGAGUCAACUUUUGUUACGACUCAAAAAUCUAUGCAACGAUCUACGUCUCCGGAAACAAAAAAAUCUUCACGAAAAACUAGCCCAGUCAAAUCACUUCGUAAUGCAAGAUCACCUUCUUCUGAAAACCGAGAAUCCAACAUACAGGCCGAUAAAUUGAAAACAGAUCGUAAACGAUCCGACUCCGCUUCUGACAAUUCAUCAGACUCUUCUGAUCUCAGCUACUCGCCUGCACAACGUGAUCCGGAACGGUAUCGGGACAUUCUGGAGGGAAGGAGUGUUGAAACGAAACCGAGAUCAGAAUCUAAAGAACGUCAACGAUCUAGUUCAUCGUCUUCUGAAGAAGGAUCUUCUCCAAAAACUGCUAAAGAUUUUCUGAAGAAAACUUCCAAACCUCGCUGCAACCGUAGUCCAUCUCCACCACCAUCUGCUCCUGAGCCAACGGCCAGUUCGUGUUCGAAGACUCCACCGAGAAAACGACGUUUUGAGACACCGCCUCCCGUGGAGAAACCGGAGCCCCGAUCACCUACUGUCAAGAAACGCAAAGAUCGUUCCCCAUCACCUGAUACUGCAAAGAAGCCGGAGUCAGCUCCAAACGAUCGUGGACAAACUCGGUCACCGGAAGCUCCACCGAAGCGAUCGCCAACUAUCGAAAAAGUCAAGCAACCAAAAAAACCUAAGAAGAAACAAUUACCUCCGGUUCAGCAACCGGUAGUCAAGCUGCAGUCUCCGGCUUCUUCAUCAUCAGAGUCCGAUAAUGAAUCGCACGAUCCAGAGGGAAAAUCCAAACAGAAAGAUCGUUCUUCCGAUCACUUGGAUGCUUUCUUACCGACCUUCACCGACAACCGUGAAGAUAAGGAUCUAUCGUUGCUGAAGGCUUUGAAGAAUGAUCUAGCGGCGAAGGCCAAGCAAUGUCUGGAAAAGAAGAAGUCUGUAUCGGAGCAGCAAGCUGAUUCAACAGAUGUAGGACCUCCACGAGUUGGUGAAAGUCGUGAGCGCAGCAUUCAAAUACAGCAAGCGAAAAUGGCAUCCCUGGUUGCCGCCAGCACUUCUGUUCUAAGCAGUGGGAAGGGCAUUGAGUUCACCACCGAGGCAACAGUUCCCGAGGAACCGAUAAGAAAGAAGGAGCCAAUCGCGUCCAGCAGUGGAAUAAAUUCCAACCAAAUGAAGAAAGAUAUUCACGAUAUUUUGACAACGGUCGGUGCUUGUCGUAUGGAUGACGGUAAGGGUUCCAGUGGAACUCCAACAGCAGCUAAUUUGACCAAGAGCACAAUUCUCAGCGCAGUUGACAACAUUUUGAAAGAGAAGAUUUCAGGAACCGCAGAUGCGGUGGCGAAUCCCAAGAAGUCUCGCAGUGCGUCCAGAUCACGAUCUAGAUCGCGUUCGCGAUCGCAUAGAUCGCGGAGCUACAGUAGUUCCAGUUCCAGUUCGCGCAGUUCCCGUUCCCGUAGCCAUUCGUCGCGAUCGCGAUCACGUUCUAGCAGUCGAUCGCGAUCCCGCAGCAGUACUUCCCGAUCUCGAUCGCGGACUCCCCCACCCCGUCGUUCCAAAUCGAGGUCGCCAUCUAUUCCUCGCCGCGCGGGAUCACCAAGUUUUCUCGAUCGUCGCAGGAUUACCAGUGCUCGGAAGCGUCCCAUUCCAUAUCGUCGUCCAACUCCGUCGUCUAUGUCCAGCGGAAGCAGUUAUAACAGCCGCAGUCGCUCUAGAUCAAGAAGCCGCAGCAAAAGCAUGUAAAUCUAACUUACCGUUCUAAUAUCAGCAAGCGGAAUGAGAGGGCAGAUAACCAAAGUUUGGAGCUAAUACUAAAAUACCAAAAAGUAGUGCACGCAUCGUCAUGUAUAUUAUUGAAUAUAACAUACCAACCAACAAAAAGAUAGAAACCAAACUGAGAAUCAAAAACAAUCAAAUAAAAGCAAAUAACAACUCUCCAGUUCCCUUGGUGUUGAACAAAUGAUAAUAAAUCGGAUAUUAUGACAUCCAUUCUAUCAUGGAUCUCAUCUUCUAGGAAAGAGAGACCAAAACUGUGUGAUCUUUUGUUAAAACACUAAUUCUCAUCGCAAUUUGAACUUAAAAAUACUCAGUCUUGAAAAGUGAAACCAACCUAGUCAUAAUUAGUUUAAAGGUGGAAGACAUCAUUACUCAUUUUGAUCGGUGCAAUCAUUUUUUUUCUAACCUUUAGAAGUUAUUUCUUUAAACUAAUUUAUUUAACUAUUUAUUUAACUUAUUAAUAUAAUUUAUUCAAUUUAUAUAAAUUUAUUUAAAAACAUUCCAGUCAUAAAUUCCACUGUUCUAUCGAAGAAGUAUUUUAUGGUCAAUACAAUGUGAUUGUCAAAGUACUAAUAAAAAUAUGCAUAAUUAAAAAA